AUGGACUGCUGCCCAAACCACCCCGAGAAGGAGAUACUCUUUUACUGCGAUCCUUGCAACCAGCUGAUAUGUAGCUACUGCCUUGUGUCUGAGCAUCGUGCCCACCAGUAUGAUCUUUUGGCCAACUCGUUUGCCAAGCAUGAGAAAGUGAUCGUGGACUCUCUCAAACCAGUGGAAGACGGCUGUGGUGGCAGAGAUCGCACUGCCAUGGCACACCUGCGACAAGCUCUAGAGGCGAGGGAGACAGAGCUGGUGGGUCAAGCUGAGCAGACGGCACAGCAGAAACUGAAGACCUUGGCAGCACAGCGAGACGGGUUUGAACUACAACUAAGCAAAUUGAGAAACUGCCAGGAGUAUGUGGAGGAAAGCCGACAUACUUGCAGCCAGGGGGAUUUUCUCAGGAUGAAGGGUCCUCUAGUGAAACAAAUCGAUGACCUGACAGGCAGCUUUAAGCCAACAAAAUUACUUCUUGCUGACACAGCCGACAUGAAGUUUGCUCACAGACUGCCUGGACUGGUGAGGACUUGCCAGGUGUUUGGUAAGGUGUACUGCAGUCAGGUGUGCCCUGAGAAGUGUCGAGCCUCAGGUGAAGGUAUCAAGGUAGCCAUGAGAGGGCAAACAGUGGUUUUCUCCGUGGAAGCUUUAGAUAGGGCGGAAGAAGCUUGCCUCGUACCUGUAGACAGCUUCACGUGCGAGCUAGUUGCUAGCGAUGGCAGCAGUCGAGUCAGGGGCACUGUGAAGAAAAGAAAUCAGAACAUCUACGACAUCAGCUACCAGCCUCAGGUCACUGGAGAACAUCAACUACACAUUUUAAUAGAAGAUUGCCCGAUCUUGAACAGUCGGUUCACUGUUAGGGUUUUGCCUAACUUCACUUGCCCAGCCAAGAUUAUUCCCAGCCUCGAUAGACCAUGGGGUAUAGCGGUCAGAGAGGAAGGGGAGAUGGUGGUUGUGGAGCGUAGUGGUCAUUGUCUGUCCAUUAUCAGUAGUGGUGGGGAAAAACUAUCUUCAAUUGGUAACAAUGGCUCGGGUCCUGGUCACUUCAAGAACCCUAAAGGUGUAGCAAUAGAUACUGGGGGAACCAUUCUCGUGGCAGAUUACAGCAACCAUCGCAUUCAACAGCUAUCAUCCACUGGCAAACACCUGAUCAGGAAAGUUGGUAGAGAGGGAGAUGGACCUCUUCAGUUUAAGGGUGCAGCAGGAGUUGCUGUGAAUCCACAUACACAGGAAGUAUACACGCUUGAUAUGAACAAUCACAGAAUUCAAAUUCUGAGCUCUGACCUGACCUAUUGUAAUGAGUUUGGUAGGUUUGGCUCAAACAACGGAGAGUUUAUCAAACCUUAUGAUGUAUCCGUUGACAAAGAUGGCAAUGUGUAUGUUGCUGACUGUGAAAACCACAGAAUCCAGGUCUUCACAGACGAUGGAGUCUACUUGAGGCAGUUUGGGAAGAAGGGAAAAGGAGAGGGAGAACUAAACAUGCCAGUCAGUAUCGCUGUUGACUCUAACAAUGUGGUGUACGUUGGUGAAUGGGAAAACAGUCGUGUAUCAGUAUUCUUCGCUGAUGGAGAGUUUAUCAAGUGUUUUGGAAGAAGCGGAAAGGGUCCUGGGGAGUUUAAAGAUCCAUUUGGACUAGCAGUAGAUGAGAAAGGAACUCUUUAUGUCUGCGAUACAAACAACCGUCGUAUUCAAAUUUUCACUUAA